UUACUCCAUGUUCCUUUCUUUCUGUACCAGUUCAGUUCAACAAGCUUUUCAGCCAUUGGAUUUUUCUUUUCACCUGCUUUGGUUGGACUUUUCAUUGGAUUAUUAUUUUCGUUUGGAUUUGGAUUUUGCUGGAGUCUUCAGUAUUAAUCCUUUGUCUUUUUUUUUUGAGUUAAAUUAAGCUUUCAAAGUCUACAUCUGGGUUUUCUUUACUUGUGCAAACCUGAACUGAGUAAACACAUAGUGAGAGGAGAACUUUGCCAAAAUCUGAAACACUGAUGGACAACCUGAAUCUCAGUUGAAAGUAGUUUGCAUAGAGAAAGAACAUUUUGCAGUCACCUAGGAUACUGGUCUACUUCAUAUACUGGUCUCCUGCUCUCACCUCUCCACUAACGCUUUUAUUAUGGAAUCACACCAUUCCUUUUCAAGCUCUCUGAUGACACACACAACCAGAGCCAAUGAUCCUUCCCGCGGCCUCUGCAGGACCAAAGACCUCUCUGUGAGGAGAUAACGAGUUCCUGUCGAGGAGUGAACGAGACAGGGUGGAAGUGAGAUACAGAGAGAUGAGCCUGCUGAUAGGGGUGGCACCAGGGAGGGGCCUGGCUGUGGACAUGCUACCCCUCUGUAGUAGACAGAGCACCCCCAAGAAAUUUAAGGAAUGAGGCAUUGCCACAGUGGUCAUCCCUGUAGGUGUCUAAGUUCUUCAAAAACACCCAUGCCUUCGUGGUCAAUCAUAACAGACGAAUUGUUUUAUCAUGAAGACAUCAACUGGUUUAAUAAAGUGGAAGAUCCUACGUCAUGGCGAAAGGAGGCAGUUUGCCAUUAUAAUGAGAACGCACUCUAAGUUUGCUUCUGCAGAGAAGGAAGUUUGUCCAGACUUCUGAAGGAGAUGAACCGCACGCCUACCUGGAUAUAAGACUUUCCUCCAUCUUCUCUUGGCAUCACAGAGCCAUAUAAUGAGGCCGGCUGUAAGAGGAGAAUUACACCUCCAUCUCUAUCUUCUCCCACCUCCUCCCCUCCCCAGCUCACUUCUUCCUCCUGAGUGGAUUUUUCGGGGCAGUGCACACAUCCCCCCCUCCACCACCCCCCUACGCUCCUGCCUCUCAGACAGCUCUGCUCCACCAGUUUUCCGCACCCUGCCGGCCCCAGAAAGGAGUAAGGGAGCGGAAAGAGGAGCCAGAAGAGAGGAUUUGGUGAACCGAGGAGAGACGGACAGGAGGAGAGAGGGACCAUGGCUGCUCUCUCUGCCUUGCUGAAGACCUGGGUGAUACUGCAGACCCUGUGCCUGGCUCUGGCCCAAGUGAGGGGUCCACCUGGACCUCAGGGCCAGCCUGGCCCACCAGGCCCCUCCGGCACCCCUGGCUCAGAUGGCAUUGAUGGAGAUAAAGGACCUCCUGGGCCCCCAGGAGCAUCAGGACAAAAGGGAGAACCAGGAGAGGCUGGUCCUGAUGGAGCACCAGGAGAGAACGGCAUUGAUGGUUUGAUUGGAGCAAAAGGUGAUCGAGGACCUGUUGGGAGCCCUGGACCAAAGGGCCAACCUGGACCGAGUGGCGAACCUGGACCUCCUGGACCCGGCCUUCCAGGACUGGCUGGCGCUCCAGGGCCAAUCGGUCUUCCAGGAGAAAUUGGAGCAACUGGUGCAAAGGGUGUUCUCGGAGCACCUGGAGCUCCAGGACUUCCUGGUCCCUCUGGCAAGCCUGGUCCUCCAGGGAAGUUCAUCGGUGGAGAAGAAGGCAGUGCAGAAUUUCAGUGUCCUCUUAACUGUCCAGCAGGAGCUAAGGGCCCACAGGGACUGCAGGGAGUCAAAGGACACAAAGGACGUGCUGGUAUUCUUGGAGACGCUGGCAGCAUAGGAAAAACGGGUCUCAAGGGAGAAGUGGGCAUCUCUGGGGAACAGGGUAUCCCAGGACCUCCGGGUCCUAUGGGUUUGAGAGGUUAUCCAGGAAUGAUGGGUCCUAAAGGAGAAGCAGGGCCCCGUGGUUACAAGGGCAUCAACGGACCUGUAGGAAUUCCUGGGCCUCCUGGUGAAGAAGGCCCUCAGGGACCACCUGGAGAUGCAGGAGACAAGGGAGACAAAGGCAGCAGAGGUAUCCAGGGCCCACAGGGCGCGGUUGGCAAAAAAGGAGAGAAUGGUCUGCCGGGCAUUGAUGGAAAGGAUGGCACACCUGGUAUUCCUGGAAUCAAGGGUGGCCCUGGCCAAGCUGGGAUGCCAGGCCCUCCAGGUCCUCAGGGAACAGCUGGAUUGCCUGGCAGCCCAGGUGCAAAAGGUGGACCUGGAGCUCAGGGUGAACCUGGACCGAGGGGUCAUGUUGGCAUGCAGGGUGCCUCUGGACCUUUGGGUGAGCCUGGUCUUCCUGGUGAGGCUGGUAUGGAAGGAGUCCCAGGACCGAAGGGCGACAGAGGCCAGAGGGGGCCAGCUGGGCCACAGGGAGUCGUUGGCAAGCCUGGGAACAAAGGAGAGAGAGGACCCAUUGGUGUUCCAGGUGCCCAGGGUCUCAGUGGAACCAAGGGAGACAAGGGUUUCCAAGGAAAAGUUGGGUCAAAGGGAGACGUUGGUGACCCUGGUGUUGAGGGAUUGGCCGGUGAGAAAGGUGAAAAGGGUUUGUCUGGUGAACCCGGGCCUAAAGGACAGCAAGGAAUCAGGGGUGACAGUGGACACAAUGGACCUACUGGGGACCCUGGUAAACCUGGAGAUCAGGGACCAGCAGGACUUCCUGGUCCCCGGGGACUCAACGGAGAGCGAGGAGUACCAGGCAUGCCAGGCAUUCAAGGAGUAUCAGGACGUGAUGCAUCAGACCAGCAUAUUAUCGAAGUGGUGUUGAAAAUGUUACAGGAGAGGCUAGCUGCUGUGGCAGUGAGCGCCAAGCGGGCUGUGCUUGGUGGAGCAGGUGUGAUGGGACCUCCCGGGCCCCCUGGACCACCGGGGUCAGCUGGACCUCAGGGACCACAUGGUUUACCUGGUGCCCGAGGCAUUCCUGGCAUGAUUGGAGGGCCAGGACAGAUUGGAAACACAGGGUUGAAAGGAAAGAGAGGAGCAAAGGGAGACAGAGGAGAUCCUGGUAAACCCCAUCCUGGACCACCAGGGCCCCCAGGAAUACAAGGCCCUCCUGGUGUUGACGGUGUAGCUCGGGAUGGUCGUCACGGCGAGCGAGGACCUCAGGGAGCAGCCGGAGAGGCCGGUCGCCCCGGUAAGGCGGGUUCGCAAGGUCUCCCAGGCUACUGCGAGGCAGCGAUGUGUCUGGCUGCAUCAGCAUACACCUCUCCAAGACUACAGGAGGCAGGAACAAUCAAAGGACCCAAUGUUUAGGAGGCUGUCACUCCAUCAGCAGCUCACAACUCCUGGGAGAGAGAAAGAGAGAGAGAAGAGAACGAGAACAAACAAGCUUUUCAGUAGGAUGACAUCAAGAAUGAGGGGCGGGGGACAGUAAUAAUGACCCUCUCCUGAAACCUGAAGUUUGAACUGGUGGGACAUACUCUGAUCUUAAUCCCCCACAUCACCAUGACAACAGCAGCUCAAAGCCACCCACAUCUUUCUGCAUUCUCUUGUGUUUUUGGCUGAUGUCAAAUAUCCCACCCUGUUCCGGCAGUGAAAGAGGAACAGAUUCAUUUUGCAUCUCACCAACUUAUCAUGCAUGAGCUGAGGGGAGAACAAAGUCUGGGGAAGGUGCUCUUCUUUUAAAAAGUGGUCACUUUAAAUGUUUUAACAUAUGUAAUAUUUUGUUUUAGACGUUAUUUAAAGUUUAAAAGCCCUGCCUCUCUUGCAAAAUCACACUCGAUGCCUUAAAAGUGUACAAAAAGGAGCAAUAAAUGAUUGAAACUUACACUCAGUACUGUACUGUAUGCUAAAAUGAAGUGUUUCACGUGUAAGCAAGAGUGAAGUCCCUGAUUUACCUCAUGUGUACAUUGCCCCUCCUCUCCCCCAUUUCUGCUUUCUACCCAAAUCACAUUUUAGAACUAACGACUAGCUUUAUCUCUUCUUCUUGUUGCCUGGCAACAGCAUAUCCCGACGGGCACUCCCAUCUCCCACAAUGCAGUGCUGUAAAUCUUUGUAAAUGUGUGUUGAUUAUUAUGUAGAGAAAAAGGAAUGGGUUACGAUAUGCACAAACAAAAAUCCUGUGCUAAUGAAUUCAGUGAGUAAUAAAAAGUUCCUCCAGAUAUAACGACUUUUUCUCCAGACGAAUCAGUCGUAAUGUGCGUCCUAUGCCACUGUCAGUUUUUCACAGAGUGUCAGCAGUUUUAAGACUGAUUCAUUCUCAUCAACCGAAGCUAUUUAUUGUUCUUUAUAUAAUCAUCUGUAAAGAGGGUUUUGUUUCUGGCUGUUCGGGUCAACCCAAACCAAUAAAGAGGAAUCUUUUAUAAAACC